AUCAAAACUACACUCAAUGAAACUAAAAGCAAAGGUCAUUUUGAAAAAAAAAUUGAAUAACAGCUUUUUGACCCACAGAUUUGAAGGCUUUUUACAACAGCUGAUCACAUGUGGUUGAUUGCUCUUUUGGUGCCACUGCUUCCCAGCAUCUUCAUGGUGUCCAGCCAUUAUCGUGGUAAAGUUUCUAUCCUGUGCCAUCGAGCAUUGGCCUGGGCACUGAGGUUGGUGGGAGGGGGAGCGUGUGUCAAGAGCACACACGCCUUUGUGUUCUCUAAUUGCACCCACGGCAAAGUUGACAGUGUCUUGGAGACCUUUGACCUUUAUGCUGAGACACAUCAGUCUCUCUGCAUUGGUUCACAGAUUGCUAUGCUCCCUGGUGUGUGCAAAGAAAAUAAAGCUUGUUGUUCCUGUGGAUGCUUGUGGGUGCUGGAGCUGGGAAUGCACUGUGGCUACAGCUCUGUCCAUCUGCUUUGUCUGCUGCCCCCUGGAGGCAGACUGAUGUCAGAAGAGCUGGGCCAAGUCACAGCAGAUCUUGGAGAGGAAAUCAUCCUGGUGGCUGGCUUCAAGCACUCUCAGACCUGCUGGCCUUGGAGAGAGAGGAGCUCCGCUGCCCAUCUGGAUGCACUGUGCUGUUGAAUAGAGGAAUCAAAGAGCUGAUGAUCUCAGAGGAAUCCUGGAUCUCAUCAGAGGAAGUGUCGAUUCCUACUGCAUCAAAACAGAGGAUCCAUUUAUGAUGGAGAUUUUUUUUUACCGUAAGGAAAGUACAAAGGAAGACUGCAAUGGCAAAGUUUAGCUAAGAUGUGGGUGUAUUCUUCAGUUUUGUGGACUAUAUAUAAACUAAUAGUGUUAAA